CCUGAAUCCGGGGCCCGUUCCCCGCGGACAGGCCCAUUUUGCCUCGGAUACCUGCCACCAGGUGGCUCCACCAGCAGUACCCAGCAGCGGCAGGUAGAAGCAGUCUUCGGGGUGCCCUCGCACCGCCAGCAUCGUGCGUGCGUAUCCUCUUUCCCGUUUCCGCGCUCGAGCCCCGGUGCCCCGCAGGAAGGGUCGUCUCGGGAGCUGACGAUCGUUCGGCGGGGACAUGUGAACGCGUGGCCUAGCUCGGCAAGGGUGAAUCGCACGGAAGAGUACCGGGAUACUCCGGAGGAGCACCGGCGCGCGCGCGGCGUCCACGUUAACGAUACUCAUCAAGAUCAGUCGGGACAAAUCAGGAACCUCCGAUCGCCUUGCCAAUGAUACCGGCGAAACGUGGCAGGUGCACGUUCCAGAGGCUAACCCGGGACGAUUCCAACGACGGCGGAGGAUGCAGCAACAGCAACAGCAGCAGCAGCAGCAGCAGGAGGAGGAAGAACAGCAUCAGGAACCGGAGCAGGAGCAACGGACGCUCGUAAUGGUGCCGUCCACAUCGUCCUCGACCUCGUCGGUCACGGUCGCGGCGGACUCGCGCGACAUCGAUAUCGCCGGACUCGCCGCGGCCUCCGAAUUACCCACCCUGGCGCUCCAGAGUGUCGCCCUGCGGCUUCAGGGCGCCCUCCUCUCCGCCCUGCAGCGGGCCGCGCUCCUGCCGCCGGGACACGCCGCCGCGGCGGCGUUUAAUCUCCAGGCGCUGGAGACUUACCUGACGCUCCACCGUCUUCAUGCGAGCGGCGCGGCAUCCGGGGUCGCGCAGACCGCGGGCACCGCCGCGUCCGUCGCCGGCGGUCAGCGGUGUUCGCCGUUGAACACGAGUGUCGACGUCGCCCUGAGCCCGACAGCCGUCAAGAACGACCACCUGACGGCCGACCAGCUGCUCCGAUCGGCCGCCUCGGCGAUAAGCGAGGACGACGAGGCGCGGCUGGACUUCGUCACCGACACCGACGACGACCUGGCGCUCCUCGCGGAGGAGGAGGAGGUCCUGCUGGGCGAGGCGUCCGGGGCGGGCGCCUCCUCCGCGAACCACGAGCUGCUCCUGCGGCGGAUAACCGAGGGGAAUCGCGCGAGCACGUCGGUGACGACGGUCUCGCGGUCGUCGUCCCUGACCGUCCCGACGUCCCUCGCGUCGUCGACCUCCUCCUCGGGCUGCUCCUCGGCCUCGUCCACCUCGUCGUCCUCCUCCUCGUCCGUGCAGCACGCCUCGAUCGCGCUGGACUCGAGUGUACCAAGGACUUGCCGCACGUCCCGACCCAAGAAACAGUUCAUUUGUAAAUUCUGCAGCCGGCAGUUCACCAAGAGCUACAACCUCCUCAUCCACGAGAGGACGCACACCGACGAGCGGCCGUACUCGUGCGACAUAUGCGGCAAAGCCUUCCGACGGCAGGACCAUCUCAGAGAUCACAGGUACAUACACAGCAAGGAGAAACCGUUCAAAUGCGCCGAGUGCGGCAAAGGAUUUUGCCAGAGCCGGACGCUGGCUGUCCACAAAAUCCUGCACAUGGAGGAGUCGCCGCACAAGUGCCCCGUCUGCGCCAGGAGCUUUAAUCAGAGGAGCAAUCUGAAGACUCACCUUCUCACGCACACGGAUAUCAAGCCCUAUCAUUGCGCCUCCUGCGGCAAGGUCUUCCGCAGGAAUUGUGAUCUGAGGAGGCACUCGCUCACCCACAACCUGGGAGUGCCGUCGUCGCCACCGCCACCGGGGAUACCCGUUUCCGGCUCAAGCACCAUAGUACUUCAGGAGACGUCUUAACGCGCGGAUCCCUACCUUCCGGAGUAUCCGGACGCGCUUUCUUCCAACAAUGCGGGUCGGCGUCCAUUUAUUGUAACCACCGCCGCGGCGAUCUCGACUUCGGCGCGCGCGAUCGAUUCCGACGGUCGAUUCGAUCGCGACGCGCACGAGCCACGAACCCGCGGCCCCACCGGCACGGCCCAGGACCUCGAUCUCUCGCGCGAGCCCCCCCGACUCACAUCGUAUCUAUCUGCCUGCACUAUCUAUCGCCGUUAACGUUUAGAGCGUAAUCAUUGUUAUGUACAUCACGAUGAGGAUAUACGAAUUCGUGCAUGUCUAGAUCUGUAAUUCUAUGUAUGCGAUACGCAGUAGGCACACUCUCUUGAAUAAGAUUAUAGUCUCCAGUUUUUUUUAAACGGUGUACCUACUGCACGGUGUCCGUUGUGUUCUGUCGUUCACGUGUGUAAAAUAAACAUUUAUUAUUAUUUUUUAACUCACGGUCUUCUGCGUCCCUCACUCAAUCCCCCUCGCCUCUCGCGCGGCCAAAAAGGAAAUAGACACGUCGAGCCGGGCCUAAUUGGAAACGUUCGGCCUCUAUACAAUGCCCAUUCAAGACUUUCGUGAUAAAAAUAUCAAUGCAAGAAAUAUACGAAGAAUUAAUUUAGACGAGAAACACCAGAUUUUUGUCUAUUAACAGCACCGGGUUUGUUUGCCUCCUUGAAAAUCGCUGGGUUUCUCAGAAGUAGCGACACGCGUUUAAUUUAUUACAACGCAAAACGGACCUCUCGCUCUCUCUCUCUCUCUCUCCGCUCGCAGCCGCGAAAUAUUUUAACUGGCUAAAUCUUCACGUGUGCGACUCCUAGAUAUAUCAGGCGUUAUGGAGUGUUCACUUAAACAGGUUCGUCGAGCGAGUACGUCAGCCCGGCCGAAAAUUCCGAUCCCCCCACGGUAUUAAACCAGGAUUUUUG